AAAUAUUUUCCGUUUUUCUUUUUACAGGGUCUCACCUUCUUUCUGACCUACUCAAUAUUUUCGGCGGUAUUGGGUAUGCUACAGUUCGGUUACAAUACCGGUGUGAUAAAUGCGCCCGAAAAGAAUAUAGAGAAUUUCAUGAAGGAUGUCUAUAAGGAUCGCUAUGGUGAGGACAUUAGCGAAGAGUUUAUACAGCAACUGUAUUCGGUGGCGGUUUCAAUAUUUGCCAUUGGUGGUAUGUUGGGCGGAUUCAGUGGCGGUUGGAUGGCAAAUCGUUUUGGCAGAAAGGGAGGUUUAUUAUUAAAUAAUGUUUUGGGUAUAACCGGUGGCUGUUUAAUGGGUUUUACUAAAGUUAGUCAUUCCUAUGAAAUGUUAUUCCUUGGCCGUUUUAUAAUUGGUGUUAAUUGCGGUCUCAAUACAUCAUUAGUGCCAAUGUACAUUUCCGAAAUUGCUCCGCUCAAUUUGAGAGGUGGCUUAGGUACCGUUAAUCAAUUGGCUGUGACAGUAGGUUUACUAUUAUCCCAGGUCUUGGGUAUUGAACAAAUUUUAGGAACUAAUGAUGGUUGGCCCAUAUUAUUGGGUCUGGCCGUAUGUCCUGCGGUCUUACAAUUACUUUUACUGCCGGUAUGUCCAGAAUCUCCUAGAUAUCUGUUAAUAACAAAGCAAUGGGAAGAGGAAGCUAGAAAAGCUCUCCGUCGUUUACGUGCCUCAAGUUCGGUCGAUGAAGAUAUCGAAGAAAUGCGUGCCGAAGAAAGAGCUCAACAAUCGGAAAGUCAUAUCUCUACCAUGGAGCUGAUAUGCUCGCCCACAUUACGUGCCCCACUUAUCAUUGGCAUUGUCAUGCAACUGAGUCAACAGUUUAGUGGCAUCAAUGCGGUGUUUUACUAUUCAACAUCACUGUUCGUUAGUUCGGGUCUAUCGGAAGAGAGUGCUAAGUUUGCUACAAUAGGAAUAGGUGCAAUUAUGGUUGUUAUGACUUUAGUUUCUAUACCCCUUAUGGAUCGUACUGGUCGCCGUACAUUACAUCUGUAUGGUUUGGGCGGCAUGUUCAUCUUUUCAAUAUUUAUAACAAUUUCAUUUUUAAUCAAGGAAAUGAUCGACUGGAUGUCCUAUCUAUCGGUGGUCUCAACACUGGGCUUUGUGGUCUUCUUUGCCGUCGGUCCCGGUUCAAUACCCUGGAUGAUAACGGCCGAACUAUUUUCGCAGGGUCCGCGACCAAGUGCUAUGGCCAUAGCGGUAUUGGUCAAUUGGAUGGCGAACUUUGUGGUUGGCAUUGGUUUCCCCAGUAUGAAGACUGCCUUGGAAAAUUAUACAUUCUUACCGUUUAGCGUUAUGUUAGCCAUAUUUUGGAUAUUCACCUAAAAGGUUCCUGAGACCAAAAACAAAACCUUCGAAGAAAUUUUGGCGCUCCGUCAUGGAAAUGGAAGAAGGACAUUCCGAGAUAGUAGACUGUACGGCUGCAUCCGAGCGUUGUUUAGGAGACGGCCGAAAUACACACCAGGGCCGGAGCGCUGCCUCUGUGCCCCAUCACCUUCGUCAGCAAGCACAUGCCUACCAGAACAGCGGGCCUUGACUGAGGAACGAUCACUUCCUGAAACUGCCAGUGUACAUUCAACGAGCGCUGAACAGUCACAACAACAAUUACAGCAGCAGCAACAACCACAAACUCCGAAACUACAAAAACAACACUCACAUGAACAUCAGCAACAACAACAACAAGUACAGCAGCAGGAGCAUCAACAUCAUCAUCACGUACAGUGUAGCUAUGAAAAGGAUAUUGUAUGUGAUGAUAAUCAAAUGCACCAGCACCAGCAGCCGUCACAUCUGACACAAUCACAGCAAAAACAUAACGAGCACUGGCAAUCGAACACCAACACAACAGCUACCACUUGCACCGCUGAAUAUUCACUGCCGUUUAACCAGCAAGAUCAACAGCAACAACCACCACCACCUCCACAGCAUCAUCGCCAUCAGCAUAUGCCACGAAAACACAGUCACAGUCCACAUCCUAGUCGUCAUACAUCUCCUCACAGUCGUCAUACUUCACCUCAUAGUAGACAUACAUCACCACACAGUCGUCAUACUUCACCUCAUAGUCGCCACACUUCCCCACACAGUCGCCAUACUUCACCUCAUAGUCGGCAUACUUCUCCUCAUAGUCGUCAUACUUCACCUCAUGGACAUGGUCACAGCCAUGGUCACGGGCAUUCGCACUCUUCACCCCAUCAGUCGCAUCAUCAUGUGCAUGAUCAACACCAAAAUGGCACCAAUAGUGUAGAGCCUUUUAUACGCAAUAGUGCACCAAGAGCUUCAGUUCGCAGUACUUCGUCCCAUAUUGCUCACGCUCAUUCACAUGCACACUCACACCAUCAUCGUCGGCGAAAACGUAGCGAAAACACUCUUCUGCAUCAUCAAGCCAAUGGAGCACGCGCAGCAGACGAGUUGGACGGGGGAAUGGAGAGACACACGAAUGGUCAUCUGCACCAGGGUCAAUCCUCAGGUCAUACUUGCACUCGUCGGCAUCGCUCAGUUACUGAUAUUUCCCAAUCAUCGCUUAACACUUGCAAUGAUCCCUUAUGUACUGAAAGGGAAAUUCAAGAGAUAUUUGUGCAAAAAUCUACGGCCUGCUGUUCGAAUUCCCGCACAGAACUGGCUCAAUAUUUUGCCGAAGAUUUGUAUGGCACUUCAUCUAGGCGACCAUCUUCAUGUUGCACAUCGUCGGAUUACUGUUAUCAAACUGAUUCGACGAGUCUGUAUGGGUCGCGUUCCUCACUGAGCCGCAACAACUCGGUAAAAUCGGCCUCGGUUACAAUGCGCAAGAAGAAAUUACACCAAAGACAGCCGAGUUACAGUUCGAUCUCUUUAAGAGCUUUGAAUGCCUCGCGACCCAACAGCCAAAUGGGUUCGCUGACUUCAGUUUUCGAUCGAGCUAAACAAUAUGCAGCCAAUGGCGGUGACACCAAGUCUCAUGAUUCUCCUUCAAAGGUAACUAUAGAAAGACACACAUCCAAAGAUGCUUUAAGUAAUGAUCUACCUGAAUAUGCUUGUUCCCCUUCUCCGAUAAGAUGGAGUUUUCUGGCUGAUGGUAAGACCAGCACCAACAACGAUAGUGCAGACGAAUUAAGACCACAGCACACAAAUGGAACGAAAACUAUAGAUGACCGAAAACAACAUAGACCUGAAGUUAGGCAACACAAGAGAGAAAGAGAAAGACAAAGAGUUGCUGAGCCCGAAAAGCAGCCAGUUAAAAGCCACAGAACACAAAGCAGACAUCAUUUUAAAUCUAGAUCUUCAUCCGACGAUCGCCCCUCUACAUCGCGCAAAUGCUGUGAAAGUCCUUGUAAAUAUGAAGAGUCUACCAUGGUGCAAUUCCAUCAAGAUGCCGAAACAUUUAACAAUUGUUGCAGCAACUACAUACAGUGCAACACGUACUUGGAUCAAGAUCUACAAAUCACAAGCGAAGACAUACACCAAUAUCUUUCGAAAGGUCAACAGGAUACUGGGAAUAUUUUGAACAAUACCAAAACCUAUCCCUUUCAGCCGAGCAAUGCCCUGGAGUUCCAAUAUAAAAACAAUUUUGCCAAUAACAACACUGCCACUAACACAUUGUCCUCGGUGGAGGGAACGGAAAGUAUGCGCAGCUAUGACAGUCGUUUUAGACGUAACUCCAGCAAAGAGACAAAUCUCAAUCAAAAUCCUUCCACUUCAGAAGGAUGUGCCGGAGCCGGUGCCUGUGCCAUGUCAUCGUGUAGUUCUACUCCCUUGUCGCCGGCCAACAUUAAUUUGUCGUCUAGCACAAACAAUAUCAAUAUAGUGUUCAGUUCCUGUAUGGAACGUAAUGCCAACGAGGUGAAAUUUAUAAAUACCACUUCACGUAAUGCCUCGGGAGCGGCGGUGGUGUCUACUGAAGCUCAUCAUGCGGGUUAUUUGCCCUAUACUUAUCCUUCCUAUGAUUACACUAAUAUGGCAGCUAAUUCACAAUUUAAUAAACCACUGGGUAUAGAUGAAAUACCGCCAGAUAUGAUGAAUAGAGUUGACGACAUGAUGACCAAUACCACCUCUUCGAGUCAACAUUCUUCAUCGCUACAAUCGCCAGAGCCGGUGGAACGUCAACAGCAAGGCAUGUCAUUCGAAUCGUUCGAUGCUUCAUCGGGUCAUAAUUUAUUGUCUUCGCAGAGGGGUAGUGGCCAGUAUACGCCCACACCACUCUCACCACUAUCGCCCGCCUCACCGGCCAAUUCUUCGAACUAUUCAGCUUCCAUUAAUCCAUCUACGUCUUCGUAUAUGCAUUUGCAACAACAGCAGCAUCAUCAUCCUAAUCCACACUAUGAUUAUCCGCCGGACAUACAAAGAGCCCAUACUCAUUAUCACUCACAUCAUGGUCAUUACGGUCAUCAUCAUUUGAGAGAGAGCUUUAAAUUAACAAAUGCUUUUAAGAAAGUACGCAAAAGAGCACGCAAAUACACAGAUUUCUUACGCAAGAAAUAAAGCUUUUUAAAGCUUUUCUAGGCAUAUAAAACAAAAUAAACAAAAGUUAGAAAAAGCAUUUUAAGAGAGUUUUAAGUAUAAAGCUUUAAGCUUUAACUUUAAUUAAGUUUGUUGACAUUUCAUUUAAUUUUUUUUCUAUCAGAUUCAUCACACUUUUCACCCUAUUUCGGACAUAAAUAUGUGGUCAUACAUCUCAAUAGGAAAACUAAAAGUCUGGAUAGAGGAGAUCAUUCUUAAAGUAAGAACAGACAACUCUUGCUUUAUGUUACCUCUCUAACACAAACUUUCAAGCGCUCUCUCACUUACUCUUCGGAGCAUUUAAAGGAAAUUUCAACAAUGGUGUGACCAUCUUCAUUUAAUUUAUUAACAAAACAAUAAAACUUGGAUGUACUUGCACUUUAGAUAAAUUUUUUGAUAUAAUUAAGCAAUCAAAUUAAUAAUGUUUAACGAAUAGAACUAAAAAAAAAAAACACAAAACUAAAGCAAUAAAUCAUGAAGACAUUUAGGAGAAACUACUAAAAAAAUAAACUAAAAAAAGAAACUUUUAAAAAUUUUAACUUUUAAAAGAAUUAUUUAGCAACAAAAAAAAAAAAUUAUGUUAGACACUGCCAAAAAAUUUAAGAGGGAAAAAUGAAAUUCCUUCAACAUAAAGUAAACUGGCAAAUGCUUUAAGGUGGCCAGAGGGCUCGUUUUUAAGCGUAAACCAAAAUCCAACAAAUGCUGUGUGUGCGUGUGUUGGCUAUAACAACAGAAAUACACUGAAAAAAAACUUAAAUAAAAAAUAUAAAACAUUUUAAACAACGACAUCAUAGAAAUGAACAAAAACUCUUAAAUAAUAUAAAUAAAACUACCCGACAAAAAUCUCCCCCAAACCCCCCCAAAAAACAAAGACAAAAAGUAGUUUUAGCUUAAACAAAAUACACUCAAAAAAAGUACUUAGUUAAAUACCAACAACAAAAUAGUUAAUUGUUUAUAAAAAGUUUAAAACAAAAAAAAAAUAUAGAAUACAAACAAACAAAAAAAACGAUAAA